ACCCUAAAUCCCCAAUUCAUCUUCAAUCAAACACCUACUUUCCAUCUUUCUCUCCAUCAAACAUCUGAUUAUUACCAAAUUUCAAUCUCAGCUUUCACCAUGAACGAUUUAAUGACAAAAUCCUUCACCAGCUACAUAGACCUCAAGAAAUCAAUCGAAAAACUCGAUCUCGAAGCCGGUCCAGACCACGACAUUCAAAUGCAAACCGUACAAGCCGAUCACAACCUCACAUCGUUCCUUCGUGAAGCAGAGCUUGUGAAAGAUGAGAUGAAUUUCAUCCGUGAAACCCUAACUCAACUCCAGUUGACUAACCAGGAGUCAAAAUCGCUCCAUAACCCUGACCAGUUGAAGUCAAACCGACGUCGUAUUAACGGCGAUAUCGUGGCGGUUUUGAAGAAGGCAAAGACGAUAAAACAGCGGUUGGAGGAGAUGGACCGGGCGAAUGCAGAGAGCCGGAGGCUGUCCGGGUGUAAGUUAGGGACCCCGGUGGAUAGGACUCGGACCGCGGUGGCAAAUGGGUUGAGGAAGAAGCUUAAGGGGCUGAUGAUGGAGUUUCAGGAGUUGAGGCAGAGGAUGAUGAGUGAGUAUAAGGAGACGGUUGGCCGGAGGUAUUUUACGGUCACCGGAGAAGAGGCGAAUGAAGAAGUGAUUGAGAAGAUUAUUAACAGUGGGACUGAUGGUCAAGGUGGUGAAGAGUUUUUGUCAAAAGCAAUUCAGGAGCAUGGGAGGGGAAGGGUGUUGGAGACGGUGGUGGAGAUACAAGACCGCCAUGACGCCGCCAAGGAGAUCGAAACAAGCCUGCUGGAGCUCCACCAGGUGUUCUUAGAUAUGGCAGUGAUGGUGGAGGCUCAGGGUGAGAAGAUGGAUGAUAUUGAGCAUCAUGUGAUGAAUGCAGGUCAAUAUGUGAAUGAUGGUACAAAAAAGCUCAAGAGUGCAAAAGGGUACCAAAAGCAAAGCAGAAAGUGUAUGUGUAUUGGGAUCAUAUUGUUGCUGAUUAUCAUCCUUGUGGUUGUCAUCCCAGUAGUCACCAGUGUUACCAAAUCUUGAUUCUUGAGAGCAGGGGCGGAACCAGAGGGGGUCAAGGGGGUCCGUUGACCCUCCGCUCAUCGGAACUUUUUGAAUUUUUAUUUAUAAAUUUUGAGUUUUUGAAGAACAAACUUAGAGAUGGACUCCCUAAUUUGAACUAGUAUAGAAUAUGAGCUUUUAUGAUGACCCCCUAACUAAAUCGUUCUGGUUCCGCCACUAAUGAGGAGCAAGGCUAGUAAUUUCUCUAUGUUUAUGGUGUUUUUGCUAUGUGAAAUAUAAUCAAUUUUUAAUUGAUUUUUUUAUAUGAAUAUAUUUGUUUUUGUUUUGUUU